UGAUGUAAAGAAAAUAGUAAUAUGAAAAGGAUUUCGAUUCCUAUAAACAUAAUAUAAAACUAUCUGAAGAAUAAAUGCUUAAGUCUGUUGAAGCAGCAGCAAAGCAUAAAGAACUUUGUCUUAAUAAUUCAACUACUUUUGAAUUAUUUGCUACAUGUAAAACACAAUUCUAAUUAUUUAAGGUAUGGAAAAAUAUGAAGGCAAAGUAGACAAUAUAGCAAAUUUCUUAUCAAUACGUUUACUCUUUAUUGAAAGACAAGCUUUAUAAUGUUACAAAUCAUAAUCAGAUGAAAGAGAAUAUGAGUAAUGUCAUUAAAAAGUUGAAUAAGACCUACAUAAUUGUUACAAUGAAUACUAUUAAGGAUUACUUAAUCUCUGAUUUAGUGU